UUCCACAGAGUCCAAGCCUAAGUCUGAACCUCAGGCUGGGCCGUCCUCGGUGAAGAUGGAAGAUGGCUGGACAAACCUUGUGCUAGCCGAGGAUCAAACGAAGAUGGAACUUCGCGAGCUACUAGAAUGCUUGAAGAAGGAGGAGCUAGGUCGACUCGCCAAAGAGUUUAAGGUCCAAACUCAAAAUAAGAAAAAUGAUAUCGUAUCCUCGCUUCUUUCCCUUGUUGAUGGCUGCCAUACAGCUAGUUCAACAUCUGCUUCACGUUUGCGCCAAACAACUCUUUCGUUUGGUAAAUCACACGAAACGUUAAAGGCUAGGCUGAGGGCCAGGGCUCUGAACAUGCUUGGUCGCUGCGUUAGAGUAAAUGAAGCGUUCAUGCUUGUCGUUCGUCGCAUUCAUUUAAUCUACUUCAGAAUGACUCACGUCACCUACCGGUCAACACCGGACCUCCUCACACCAGCCCUCCUCGCCAAAUUCUCCAAGCGUAAUUACGCUGUCACCUCUGAUAUGUGCAAGCGCUCGAAAGAUAUCUGGAAGACGCGCGGAGAUCUGCUUGCAUUUGAAGAGGCGGUCUACCUGGAAGCCGAAAUAGAUGCAGCGCUCGAUGGAUCUGCGACGUUUCCCGCGAACGAUCAAUACCGGUCGGCUGCCAGUGUAACACCAGACGUUAGUAAUCUCAAUAUGCGGUUUGUCACUCCCGUUACGCCUGCGAAAGGAGGAAGUGUGUCCAGCCCGUUGAUUACGCCCAAGUCGAAGAUGAAAACGCCAAAGACCCUACAUACUCCGAAGCAGCAAGAUGAUGGUGAAGAGGGUAACGCUCCGAUCAAGUCCACCGAGGAGACUAUGACCCAAAGACGCGCUCGAUAUGUCCUAAACCUUGCUCAACAAUAUAACGUCUUGGACAAAUGGGCAAACGUUGUAAAGGUCAAGACGGAAGAGGGUGCCGAGGGAGAAGAGGAGUCCAAUCUUGGAUUGUUGCGAUUCAAAGCUGGGCACGUUUUUGCCCGUAUCGUUCAUAAGGUUGCCGAAGCUUAUGGCAAGCUCGACGACCUGGACAAAGAGCUGGAAAUACUGGAUUCAUUACUUGUGCAAAACAAGUGGCGACGUGGGCGACGUGGCCAAUGGCAUGAGCGCAAGUGCAUCAUCCUGAACACGCACAAGAGGGAGUUCGGGAAAGCACUUAAAGCCAGCAUCGAAGCAUUACAAGAUCCGUACACACACAUCGUUUACCGCCCCAAGCUUGACAAGCGGACGACGACCCUGGAGAAGAAACUUAAGGUCCCCCGUGAAGAUCGCCAUACCUGCGAAGGAGGUCUCAGGGAGCCAGUAAAAGUUACCUUUAUGGGCAUACGUCUCCGACAUCGUGCAGCAAGUCUGCACCUCGAUCGCAUGGGACGUCAAAUCAAGGAUGCCUCGCCAAAGAAGAACGGUAGUUUAAUGAAACUAUUUGCGUCGCCAAUCAAGGGCAAUUCAGCAGAGAAGGUCGCUGUUAAAGAUGAUGAACCUAAAGUUGAGACGUUUACUGGCAAGGGUAAAGGCAAGGCGGUGGACUACACAGACGAAACGAAGGGCAAAUCUAUCUGGCUGGGCCGAGACAGCGAUGGAAUUAACGUCGAGAACUUCGCUCUUCAGCAGUACGAGAAAGAGGGGUUUAAAGGUGUGCACUGCGAAACUUCCUCCCUGCUUAUGUUAUUUGGUCUCCUUUUCUGGGACAUCAUAUUUGCCCCCAUCCCGGGUGCAUUCGAGACACCGUAUCAGUCCGCCCCGCUUGACAUAGCAGACGAUACUUUCUACCACUCUCGCCGUGGACUCAUCGAGACACGUCUAUCUGAAAUUAAGAAGGGAGAAGGACCUGAAAUAGUGGCUAGAGUCGACGCGGCUGAGCGAGAACGCAAAACAUGGUGCGUCGGUGUGAAGUGGGAUCUCUUUAGUGCCCAAGAUAUGCAGGAUAUCGUUACUUGCCUUGGUGGUUCAACGCUCUCCAUCAUAUGCAGAAUCCUCUGCGAAGACUACGGUGGCCGAUGCUCAGGAGGCCCCGAUCUCCUGCUCUGGAACGCUUCGCAAGGAAAAUGCAAGUUUGUCGAGGUGAAGGGACCGGGUGACCAGCUGUCGGAGAGCCAGAAGCUUUGGAUAGACCUUCUCGCCAGAGCAUCCGCCGACGUUGAAGUGUGUCACGUAGCUGAGCAUGACGCCGACCCGCCGAAGAAGAAAGGUCGGCCAAAGGUGCAAAAGAAGGGAGCAGGAAAGGGAAAGGGAAAGAAGGGACAGAAGGAACCAAUGGACUCAGAGGAAGAAGUCGACGACGCCAUGCAGGCUCUUAUCGAAUCUGAGAACGAGCCCGAACUCGAUCUGCUGGGAGACGAACUUCCACCUCCGGUAGUCGCACAAAAUCCUGGCAAGAACGCCCCACGACAGCCUCUUGAAACGCGCGGAAAUCUGGGCCUCGGGACUCUCAGCACCUCUUCACCCUCAAAGUCGCGAACUUUCGACGAGUUGGAUCCUCCAACACCUAUCAUUGUUCCCACUCCAUCUACACCCUCAUCCGGCAGCAAACGGAAACACGCAUUCGACGGCGUUGUUAUCCUUAGCCCGAGUCAUUCAAGUAAACGGGCUCGAUUGGAUUCUUCCAUAUAGUCAACUACUCGUUUUUCCACAGCAAUGUGUAACCCUACGCAUACCCUGUAGUUUAAGUAGUAAAUAAG